AAAAACUUUUCCACCAGAGAAAGAGGGAGAUCUCUUUGGAAACAUGGAGCUGCUGUGCUGCGAGGUGGAUCCCAUGAGGAGAGCUCUGCCUGACCCAAACUUGCUCUACGAUGACCGCGUUUUGCACAACUUACUAACCAUAGAGGAGAGGUAUCUGCCCCAAUGCUCCUACUUCAAGUGCAUCCAGAAGGACAUCCAGCCCUUCAUGAGGAGGAUGGUGGCCACUUGGAUGCUGGAGGUCUGUGAAGAGCAGAAGUGCGAAGAAGAGGUUUUCCCUCUGGCCAUGAAUUACUUGGACAGAUUCUUAGCUGUGGUGCCCACUCGAAAGUGCCAUCUGCAACUGCUGGGGGCAGUGUGCAUGUUCCUGGCCUCCAAGCUGAAAGAGACAAUCCCCCUCACAGCCGAGAAGCUGUGCAUAUACACGGACAAUUCCAUCAAACCCCAAGAGCUGCUGGAAUGGGAGCUGGUGGUGCUGGGGAAGUUGAAGUGGAACCUCGCAGCCGUCACCCCGCACGAUUUCAUUGAACACAUCCUAAGGAAGCUGCCUCUACCUAAAGACAAGUUGCUUUUGAUCCGGAAGCAUGCACAAACGUUCAUUGCCCUUUGUGCCACAGAUUUUAACUUUGCCAUGUACCCACCGUCAAUGAUAGCAACUGGAAGUGUGGGAGCAGCCAUCUGUGGCCUUCAGCUUGAUGACGGGGACAGCCUCACGGACCUCCUGGCCAAGAUCACAAACACAGAUGUGGACUGCCUUAAAGCUUGUCAAGAACAGAUCGAGGCGGUGCUAGUAAACAGCCUUAGGCAAGUCCGGCAGCAGCAACAGCAAAGCAAUCCUUCUAAGACGGUGGACGAACUGGACCAGGCCAGCACUCCCACAGAUGUGAGAGAUAUCAACCUGUGAGGACAUCGGCACAGAAAGUCACGCUUGCUCCCCCAGCCCUUUUAUUUUUGUUAUUAUUUUUAGAAUGAAUUUUUUUUUAAUCUGCUCCCACAUAGAACGUAUUUAAAGCUCUUUUAGGUAAAAAAAAAAAAAAACAAAAACUGAAUAAUGAAAAAAAAAAAGCAUUUGGUGCCUGUGAUGUUCUACAGAAGGGAAUCCCACAAUAUAUUUGGUAAUUGCUAUUUGAUUAUGUAUCAGUGAUAUUAAAUGCUUAUAAAAGCAUACAAAGUAGCUAGAUAAAUGUAAGCCUGCAUUUGUGGGAACAAAGUAGAGUAUACUUGUCUGUGUAUUAUGACCUAGUGCAUACACCCCUUUUUUAGAUUUAAGAAAGGAACCGUGUGUGCGAUUUUAUGGCUUGACUAGAUUGCAAAGCAAUAGAAUAAGGGGUUUAGGGCAAAGUGGGAAAAGAUCCCUGAAGCAAUUGAACCAUUUUGAAUGCAGAAGAGAUUUGCUGAUCUGUCACCUCUGUUAUUAGUCAGAAGUGUUUGUUGGAUCUCUGUAUGUUAGUUUUGUUUACUCUUGCUGUCUGUGGUAGCUGCUACCUAAGAAAGAAGAUGCUUUAUUUUGCCAGCCAGAAGAGCAGGUGGUUUUUGGUUUUGGUUUAUUUUUCUUUUUUUUU